AAACAAACGUCGCCUAAUAUUAAAAACAUCUGAUUAAAAUUAGUAAAUAACCAAGUGAUCGGUGAUUAUUCAAAUUAUUUUUUUUAAGUUCCCAGUUCCGAAUUUCCAAAAAAAUCAUUUAAACUUGAGAAUGGAUAUGUUCAAGUCGUUUAUUUUUACCUUUUGGGCGUCUUUGUGUGAUAUUUAAACGUGUCAAAUCAAUAAAUUCAGUUCUGUCUAGUAGAAUGAUCUACUUAUAAAGUUGCUGACCACUGGUCAAUACUCGACAAAAACAGUUCUUGUUUUAAAAAUAUGGAACGCUCUAAUAAAGGUGAUCAUUCAAGAAAGAGUGAAUAUGCAGAUGGAGAAAAGCCUCUUAAGAAAGCUCGAUAUGUGUGGGAAGUUAAAGGAAAACAUCACUUAAAACAGCCUUCGAAUAAUUCUGCUAAUGCAUCCACAUCAAAGGAAAAUACACAAAAUGGUGUUAAUUCUGAAGAUAAUCAAAAGCAGGAUUCCAUUUCUUCAUCUGUAACUCCAACAAAAAAUUGUUGCUUAAAAACUUUUUUGGAUAAAACGGAAGAUAUAAUGGAUAGAGACAGCUCGGAUGAGGAUGAUUCUCAAAAGCUACCCUUAGAAAGUAGUCUUGAAAAUGAAAUACCUGUUACGCUAGUAUCUGCCCAACCUAAAAAUCAAGAUUAUUAUCUAAGAAAAUGGCAAGCCAGGCAAAUUGCAAGAGGAUUUGUUGAUAAUACCAUAAACAGCAUGUUGGAAACUUGGGGUGAGCUUGUCCCAACUCGAAUCGAUACAACUGACUUUGUAGAAAAUUGUGAAAAUGAUGGUCAGGUUGAAGAUGAUGCCAUUUUAAUGGCUAUUCAAUCACAUGGGCUACAAUCUGGGUGGAAGAGUAGCCCCAUUAGUGAGCCAAACAGUUCUGUUAGCAACUCAACCACAAAUUCUAAUUGCAGUUCUAAUUUUACCACUACAGUUUGUAGUAAAAUUGGAUCUGAUUCCAUUAUAUUAGAAAAAAAUAGUAACAUUCAGGAAUCCACUUGUGAUAAUUAUGAAAAUAUUCAAAAAGAACAUGAAAAUGAAUCAUCCGUAGCAUCUACAUCAAGCUCUAUGAGUGUCGAUACAGUUAGUUCUGUUUCAAAUCCAUAUGAUGAAGACAUAGGUGAUGAAAUGAAUUUUUUAAAUGCUGCUGUGUCAGUAGCGAUUCAGAAAAAAGGUCUAACCUAUGGAUAAAUUUUUGUCAGAAUUUAUCACAAAUAUUAUUUAAAAGUAGAUUUUUCUUGCUUUGCUAAUAUCAUAAUUUCUGUCUUAUCAGUAAAUAUCUGUAUAACUUUUAUCCAAACAUAUAUUUUGUUGUAUAUAA